GAGUACGGCGUCGUUAUAAGAGUGAAGUGCGUCUCUUUGGAGCAGAUACCGGCUGAGAGAAACGCAGCAGCGAGAGGAAGAUACAUUUUACUCGGUGCUCGUUUCUCCCCGGACCGACCCCACUCACCGUGCACCCCCCCACGCCGGAGCCACAGAUUCACCCCGACGGCUCGAUGUGGAAGCGGGGUUAAAGGAAGAAAAGGGCCACGCUGGGAGGAAGGCGACCAGCCGAAAUACCACCGCCGCCGCCGCCGAGCUCGUUGAAGGAGCCCCAGCUGCCUCCCGGAGCGACGCUUCAGAGCCAGAGGAAGGAGUGCUGCACACUCUCAGGCCGAACAGUGGGGGAAAAAUGGACUAUGACUUUAAAGUGAAGCUCACCGGCGAAAGAGAGCGAGUCGAGGACCUGUUUGAGUACGAAGGAUGCAAAGUGGGGAGGGGAACCUACGGCCAUGUAUACAAGGCGAAGAGAAAAGAUGGGAAGGACGAUAAGGACUACGCCCUCAAGCAGAUUGAAGGCACUGGUAUCUCCAUGUCGGCCUGCAGGGAGAUUGCACUGCUGCGGGAGCUGAAGCACCCCAACGUGAUCUCGCUGCAGAAGGUGUUCCUGUCGCACGCCGACCGCAAAGUGUGGCUGCUGUUCGACUACGCGGAACACGACCUUUGGCACAUUAUUAAGUUUCACAGAGCGUCCAAGGCCAACAAGAAGCCGCUUCAGCUGCCGAGAGGGAUGGUCAAGUCUCUGCUGUACCAGAUUCUGGAUGGCAUCCAUUACCUCCAUGCUAACUGGGUGCUGCACAGAGACCUGAAACCAGCAAACAUUUUAGUGAUGGGAGAAGGACCUGAGAGGGGAAGAGUAAAGAUCGCCGACAUGGGGUUUGCUCGUCUCUUCAAUUCACCGCUGAAGCCUUUAGCUGAUCUCGACCCCGUGGUGGUCACCUUCUGGUACAGAGCACCUGAACUGCUGCUGGGAGCUCGGCACUACACCAAAGCCAUCGACAUCUGGGCGAUCGGCUGCAUUUUUGCGGAGCUGCUUACGUCUGAGCCCAUUUUCCACUGUCGUCAGGAAGACAUCAAGACCAGCAACCCUUACCACCAUGACCAGCUGGACCGGAUCUUUAACGUCAUGGGCUUCCCCGCCGAUAAAGACUGGGAGGACAUCAAAAAGAUGCCAGAGCACUCCACGCUGAUGAAAGACUUCAGAAGGAACACAUACACAAACUGCAGCCUAAUAAAGUACAUGGAGAAGCAUAAAGUUAAACCAGACAGUAAAGCAUUCCACUUGCUGCAAAAACUCUUGACCAUGGACCCCAUCCGUAGAAUCACUUCUGAGCAGGCGAUGCAGGACCCCUACUUUUUAGAAGAGCCUCUACCAACCUCUGAUGUGUUUGCAGGCUGUCAGAUUCCUUAUCCCAAGAGAGAGUUUCUGACAGAGGAGGAGCCAGAGGACAAAGGAGACAAAAAAAACCAGCAGCAGCAACAGGGAAACAACCACACAAACGGGGCAGGCCACACCGGUAACCCUGACAACAGCCACGCCCAGGGCCCGCCCCUCAAGAAAGUGCGGGUUGUCCCACCCACCACUACCUCAGGUGGCCUCAUAAUGACCUCAGACUACCAGCGUUCAAAUCCACAUGCUGCCUACCAGAACCCUGGACCAAGCACAUCACUGCCCCAAAGCAGCAUGGGAUACUCCUCUACCUCCCAACAGCCACCCCAGUACUCCCACCAGACCCACCGCUACUGAAACAAGUCCUCCCCUGCACAUAAACACCGGCAUUUCUCGCACACUCGCACCACACGCAGCUGUCGCCACGCCCGCCUGAGCGAAUGUACCGAGGGACGCGGGGGCAACCUUCCCCACCAACCCAUCAACUAACCAACCCCACAGAGGGCGUUUUUUGUUUUUUGUUUUUUUUUAUCUGUCGACAAAGUCAACCUGCUCCGGACAACAUCCAUAAAACAAAACAAAUCAAGUUUUAGAAACGCAGCACAGCGCCUGAUUCAUGAAACAAAUGGCUGGGAAAACUUAAAGGAAACCUGAUUGAAUCCAACCCGUUUUCUGUUACGCAGACAUAUUAAGAACAAUCAAGAACCUCUUGUCAUCUCCUCUCCUCUGCAACUGACCCUCUCCCAGCCAAAUCUCCUCCUCCUCCUCCUCUUCCUCUUCCUAUCAAAGCUUGGAUGAACCUGAAAGCUGCUAUGUGACUGCCAGCCUUGACGGAUUCCCAGCCUGUCUGUCCUCCUCUCCGCGCGUCCGUUCAUGCCGAAAGGAGCUGCUGGGAAGCAUGCUGGGUGGAUGCAGACCCGACCUGCAUCUGUUGAGCGCAUUUUUCUUUUUUUCUUUUUAAUUUACAAAAAAAAAAAAAAGGACAAAGAAUAAUGACAAGAUUUUAGUAGUUUAUAAUUUAAUCUGUUAUCAUGGUUUUUGUUUUCAUGGCGAGAGCGAGCGGCUUGCCUGAGCCAAGCACUCGGCCGCUGCGGGUUGAAAGCCUUAGAUUACAUGACGGCAAGAGCAGCCAACGGCACGGAGGAAGGCCGACGGAACAUGCAUUGUACUGUAAUGUACCGAAAUAUUUUACAUGAAACAAAUAUCCUGACAAUAAAAGUGGAAACAUUAA